AUGACGCUUGAGAACUACGAGUUUCCUCAUAGCCGCUUGCGACGGCGGAUACAAGACCCUGAGCGGACCCCACUUGUGCUCAUCGCUUGUGGCUCCUUCUCUCCCAUCACCUUCCUCCACAUGCGCAUGUUCGAGAUGGCUGCCGACUAUGCUCGAUUCAACACCCAAUUCGAAGUCGUCGGCGCCUAUCUGUCCUGUGUAGGAGACGCCUACAAAAAGACUGGUCUUGUCAAGGCGGAACACCGUAUCAACAUGUGUACCCUUGCCGUACAGCAAAGCAGCUGGAUCAGCGUCGAUCCCUGGGAGGCAUUACACAGCGAGUAUUUGGAGACGGCCAAGGUCUUGGAUCAUUUCGAUCAUGAAAUAAACCAAGUGCUCGGAGGCGUGGAGACCCCGGUCGGAAAGAAGAAAUGUCGCAUUGCACUUCUUGCUGGCGCCGACUUGAUUCAGACAAUGAGCACACCUGGUGUAUGGGCUGACAAGGACAUUGACUACAUCCUGCGCAACUUCGGUGCAUUCAUCGUCGAGCGAAGCGGGACAGAUAUCGAUGAAGCAUUGUCCACGCUCCAGAGCUGGAAGGACAACAUCUGGGUCAUCCAACAGCUUGUGCAAAACGAUAUCAGCUCGACCAAAAUUCGACUGUUCCGGAGACGCGACAUGUCAAUCCGCUACUUGGUGCCGGAGCCAGUUGUGGACUACAUUGAAGCUCACGGCCUCUAUGAUGAGGACGGGGUUGCUAGCUCGACGAGCGGGAAGGGCAAAGAACGGCAGCCAGGCGAAAGUGCCGGCGUAGCACCGCUGGCUAGCUCCAGUAACUCAAAUCACUAGGAGCGUACCAGUGUCCACGAGGCAUUUUCAGAAGGCGUGUACGUUUACGAUACUUGUUGAUCUUCAGGCGACGGCGUUUGGGCGUUGGAAUAAGAACAUGUUCACACAGACGCCGGUUGGAUUAUGGUAACAACCGUGCAGAAAGGAAUGAUGAAUUGACGACGACCAGGGUCGUUAACGCGAGUGCGGCCCACGUGGUCUUGUAAUCCUACCUCUAUCAUACAGAUAAAGAUGGCGGGAGCAUGGCUUCAAUCAAGUUGAUGUCAGCCAGCAAUUGGCCCACGCUUACAUGGU